AUGAAUAUAGAGAUAAAUGACAUCAAUUUGGAACAAGUCGAUUUAUACAAAUAUUUGGGAGUGAACAUCAGCAACACAGGAGAACAAGAGAUGGAAAUCAUCGAAAGAAUUGACAACACGUCCCGCUUGUAUCAAGCCAUUAAGAACAGUUUCUUAAAUAAAAAAGAAAUCUCGAGAGCAUUGAAGAUGACAGUGUUCAUACAGACGUUGACAUUUAGCUGUGAAAGUUGGGUAUUAACUAAAAGAUUGAAGACUAGAUAUUCUGUGCUUGGGGUAACGAGGAAAGAUAUACUAAGAAACAGCUUUAUAAGAGAGGAACCAAAAGUAGACUCGAUCCUGAAUAAAAUUGAGCAAUGUCAGCUUAGGUGGUAUGGACAUUUGAUCAGAAUGAACAACGACAUACCAGUAAAAGGCGUGUGGGAAGCUAAAAUGCAGGGAAAGAGACCAAGGGGAAGACCAACUAAAACAUGGAAGGACACAAUAGAGAAGAUAGUGCAGGAUAGAGGACUAACGUUAACAGAAGCCAAAAGUUUAGCAAGAGACAAAAAUAAAUGGAAACAAUUUGUGUAUAGUAUAGCAAUUAAGUGA